CACUGGGGGCCAGAUAAAGGGCCCUGCUCCCUGCGCCGGGGGCUACCUGCUCCAGGGGCUACCUGAGGGCCCGGGUGGAACCCCUCGGUCCAGGUUCAAGCUGACCGGCUGCUGCGGACGCCGGCUCCUGGCCAAACCACCGCUCGCUGCCGGCCGCGCCCCCUUGAGCCACGCCUUCACCCAGGCUCUGCCCCAACCACGUCGCAGUCCGUAGGCCCCGCCCUCCUGGCCUCCCCGCCGGACCGGGCCAGGGUCCCACAGCGCCUUUCCCCGGCAGCCCACCUACUCCCGCCGGCUGUGCGGACGGGCUGACGGGCACCCGACAGAGGCGGCUUUCGGGCGCUGCUUACGGACCCGGACGGAGCGCGGUGCUCAGCCUGGCCGCCACCAACGCCCCCCCUCCCCCAUCCGACCCGCCCGGCCCAGACCCUGCGUGCGGCGGGGCCCCAAACCUGCACUGGGAGCGCGCGUGCGCUGGACAGAGCCUUCCUGACCCUCCCUGCCCCUAAUCGGGACAUCUGCGCCCGCUUCCCUCAGGCUGGGGAGUGCGGGGUCUGUGCAGUUUGUUCUGCCCUCCGCCCGACCCAGCGCCCAGCAUCACUGGGAGGAACAAAGAAGGCUCCUAAUGGGUGUGCGAACCACAAGGCAGGGCAGGGCACCUCCUACAGCAGUGGCAGCUCCUUUUCGUGCGCGCUGCCUCACACCUGUCCAGACGGCGCUUUCAAGCACUCCUGGUCCCAUCCGCGCCCCGGAAAAUGCUGGGGUGCUGGUCUGCAUUUCCCAGCCGAGGCAACUAAAGCCAGAAAAAAAUGGUAUGCAAUAUAUGAAGGAGCCGAGUUCCCCCCACCUCCCCGACCACUGAACUGCUCCUGUGCCCUUUUGUGGGAGAAGCGGGGGCGGGGAGGCGGGAGACUGUGUGGACCAACAGAGACCUUAGCAACACAAGCCCUAGUGUCGCAACAGCAGGCCAGUAAACGAAGCUGCACUGGGCUCCGGGCAGCCAAAGUUCCUUUUGCCUAUGGAGCGAGCGGCAGCCUCAGGCCCCACGCCAGGGGCCCCAUCGCAGGCCAUUAAGAAUGUUCUACCACUGACUGAGGAUUCGCUGCCAGGAGUCCCUAGGGACGCCCCAGCCUGGGUCACCAGUCUUAAGACAGAGCUUCCCUCAGAUCUAGAGCUGAGUGAGGAGCAACGGCUACAAAUCUCCAAGGAGCUGGUCGACCUGCAGAUCACAACCCAUCGUCUGCGGGAGCAGCACGAGACUGAAAUCUUUGAGCUGAAGAGUGAGGUCCUGCGGCUGGAGAACCGGGUGCUGGAGCUGGAGCUGGAGCUGCAUGGAGAUCACGCAGCCCCAGCAAAGACUGAUCCAGGGCACCUCCAGGCAUUUGCACAGGAGCUUGAGCAAAAGGCCAGGGAUCAGGAACACUGCAACCAUCGCAUUCUUCAGCUACAGGGAGAAAUGAAGUGGAUGCUGGAGCAGCACGGGGCCCGCCAGCAAGCACUGGAGAUGCGCGUGGCAGCCCUGGGCCAGCAGCUGCAGGGAGCCCAAGAGGAGGCCAGGACAGCUGGGCAGCGACUGGCUGCACAAGCUGUGGUGUUGUCCACCUGCCAGGGCCAGCUCCGCCAGGCUGAGGCUGAGAAUGCCAGGUUGCAGUUGCAACUCAAGAAGAUGAAUGAGGAGUACACCAUCCGGCUGCAGCGCUACUCCCGAGCCCUGGUGGAAUACGCAGAUGGCACAAGCCAGGCACCUACAGGUGUAGCCCUCCAGACAUUCCUGGAGACCACUCUGGAGGACAUCCGAGCAGCACACCACAGCCGUGAGCAACAGCUGGCCCGAGCUGCUCGAGUCUACCGUAAGCGCCUGGCAGACCUGAGCCAAAGACAUGAGGAACUGUUAGGUGCCCACAGCUGGUUUAGUGUGCAGCAGGUGCAGGCGGACCCCAAAGGAGCACCUGGGAAACCCAAGGCCACCUCUGAUGAAGUCACCUCAAACCUGGAGCCACUGCCUCUGCGCCUGGUCACACAGCUCCAGAAGCUCCAAGCCCAGGUGACCCAUCACUGCUGCCCCAUACUGGCCUUGGGGCACCGAGCCCAGAACUCACCCUGCGGCCCAUCCCAGGCUCAGCAGAGCCCCCGCCCCAGGGCCUCUGAGCAGCCCGCCUCGUUCAGCCGAGAAUCCCUAUCACCAGCUUAUCACAGAGGGCUCAGCGCACUGUCCUUCUUCCCACAGAAGAGACCUGACGAAGCCUCCCAGGGGAGCACAUCAGAGCCACAGAGCCUGGAAGCUGAAUCCUGGGCCCAGAUCCACCAGAAACUCCGGGACUUCUAUCAUAGCACCCAGGCAAAGCUGGAACGUGAGCGGGCAGAGCUGCUAGUCAGAGCCACGAUGGCUGAGGCACAACUUUCUGAGCUUCAGGAGUAUGUGGACCAGCACUUAGGCAGGUACAAGCAGGAGAUCCUGAGGCUGCGGAAGCUGGUGGGUCCAGGAGACCCACAGAAAGUGAAGGCCGUACCUCCAACCAAGCCUCCGCACCCAAGGACCCGCAGCCGCUAACCAGUAUCAGAUAAACUCGGAGCACAC